AUGACUCCGAACAGGCCUUUUGGCACAUCCAAGUGCGCUGUACGCGGUUCUAUUAUGGAUCAAAUCGCCAAGCCUGGUGAGACCAAGGCGUCGAAGCUGCACGAAAGCAGGAUUGGUGGGAAAGGCGCUAAUCAGGCUGUUGCGAUUGCGAGGGCUGGUGGUUUAGUCCAGUUUUACGGUACGAUUGGGAAGGACGGGGUUUGGAUCAAAGAACAGCUGAAAGAGCAUGGUAUCGAUAAACCGACAGGAAGAGCCAUCAUCCAGGUUGGUGAUGACGGAGAGAACAGUAUCAUUUUAUUCCCCGGUGCGAACCACAGCGAGCUACACGAGCAACAGAAAUUCUCGUCCGGUCGACCAUGGUUCGGCAACGCAACACACCUCCUGCUGCAGAACGAGAUCCAUCCGCGCUCGACUCUGCAUGCACUGCACGAGGCAGCCAACAUGGUGACCAUCUUCAACCCGUCUCCAAUGCCACCGGCGGACCAGAUCCGCGAGUUUCCGUGGACCAAGAUAGAUUGGCUUUUGGUGAACGAAGGGGAGGCUGAGGCGCUUCUUCGCAUCCUCGGACCUCCCCCGCCGCUUAACAUCCGACCAGCCUCUAUCAGCGCUAUGUCAACCAAGGAUAUCGUCUUUUGUCUCGCCAGCCACCCGUCCUUUGCGAGUACGAAUAUCAUUUGUACGUUGGGACCCGAUGGCGUUUUGGCGUUCGUCCCCGAGUUCCAUCGACCGGGGACGAAACAUGAAGCGCCGUCGUUCAUGCAUCUCCCGCCUGCCAAAUUGGAAGGGGACUUCAGGGAUACGACCGGUGCGGGAGAUUGCUUUACGGGAUACUUUGUACAGGGGCUCAUGGAAUUCGGACCGGAUGCGAGACCUGGACACCACAUUACGGAGAGGGAUCUGGCGAUGUUGUUGAGGAAGUGUAAUUUGGCUGCUGGAAUGUCGGUGGAGAAACCGGGGACUAUUGAUAGCAUCCCCUCUCGAGCUGCUGUCGAGUCUAGGCUGGCUGCAUCGUAUGCCGGGAGCCCGAUUAUUACAGGAAUGAAGGGGCCUUCGGGGGUUUAGUCGACUAUGUAGACGAAACAUACUUUGUAAUUAUAUCAUGACCCAGGUUGUGCCUAUUUAAACUUCGCAGC